AUGGCCCUUUACCUGAACUCCGCAAUGCUGGUGUUGUUCACCUGCGAUUUCCGCCCGGCGACGGCAACCGAUAGACCGCCAGCUCCUGUCAAUGUCACCAUCAGUCAUUUGAAGGCCAACUCAGCGACUGUGUCCUGGGAUGUACCUGAAGGAGAUGUUAUCAUCGGCUAUGCCAUAUCGCAACUGAGGAAAGACGGGCAGAUGCAAAGGUCGAUCCGAGAAGUGAACACCACAAACCGGGCAUGUGUGCUGUGGGAUUUAGAGGAAGAUACAGAAUAUGUCAUCCAAGUUCAGUCCAUUGGUCUGAAUGGGGAGAGCCGGGCUAGCAACCGGGUCCAGUUCAGAACCUUAAAAGAAACUGAUUGGGUGCCUUCAAACAGCUCAAACAAAGAUGACCCAACGGUGCAGGAAAUGAACAGGAAUAUGCCGCUGCAGACAGGAGAGAUGAUCAUUAUCGUGGUGGUUCUGAUCAUGUGGGCAGCAGUCAUAGCUCUCUUCUGUAGACAGUAUGAUAUAAUUAAAGAUAAUGAUUCAAACAACAACAAAGAGAAGGCCAAGCCGUCGUCAGAACACAGCACUCCUGAGCGUCCAACCGGAGGACUACUGCGCAGUAAGUUCCAAAAUAACACACCAGCCAUUAAUAUCAUUGAAGUUUGACUGAUGCAGUAAGCCGGCUGUAGAUGGAAGAAGAAUUCAGCAGACCGAAAGAACAUUGUUUAAACUGGAUGGAUCCAUACUUUGCAUUACCAACGUCAGUUCUUUAUGCCUGAAAGCAUGUCAUUGUCAAGGCUUUCUCCCCAAGAGGCAUCUGCAUGGAGUCUGAAGUCGUGCAUGUAAGGAUUCAUUAUUUGGCACAAAAAGGGCCAUCACAGAUGACCAGUGCAGAUUCUAUCCCAAGUCCAAGGAUGGAGAAGUACUUGGACUCAACGUGUGGCUUUGGUGAGGGCCUUAAUCAGAGGCACAUUUAAGGGCAAUCCACUCCAUUUAGGUCAAGUUACCAUUUGUUGGUGCUCCCGUGCUUGGAUCUGUCCUUUGCUUCGCCAAAGUGCAACAAGCAGGAGGGUCUCUCUUAGGGCUCAACAUUUGAAAGAAAAAUGAAAAAAAUCUCAGCUGAUAAAUCAGUUCUAAUUCCAACAUUGGGACUUUGCAGUGAACUUGUGAACUAGUUAACCAAGUGAGCAUUAGGGGGAUGAUCAAGAGGAGAUUUCACAAAGAUGUCAGUAUUACUCCAAGGAAUCACAUUGCAAUUGUCUGAUUUGUAACAAACUGUUCAGAGGACAUACUAAUAUGCCAAACCCCAUCGAAUAAACCAUGUUUGCCUGAUACUGACAUGGCUCAGUAUUCCAGCUUCCUUUUCAAUUGUUAUCGACAUUUCAACACAUGUACAUAGAAUUUAAUUUCUACUCUAAAAAUGUCAGUUUCAUAACUAUCAGUUCAGUCCAAAU